GCAUGCAAUAACUUUACUACCCAUUCCAUGAAUACUGUACUCUCAGGUGCUGUGCUUCUCCUCACUCCUCUCUCUGCUCUGCAACUCUCUCUUCCCUCCUUUUAAAAAGUUUUUGCACUCUUCACACUCCUCCGUUUCUUCCAUUUCUCUCUCUUCACUGUUUCACCCACUGGUUUCGUUUCCAACUCUCAUCGCUGCCAUUUUUCGCUUUCGGUGACAUCCCCCCUUUCUUGUUAUCUUUUCUUUUUCCUUCCUCUCUUGGAUUAAUGUUAGGGUUUUGAGCUCCGUUUCAGCCAUCCACAUCUUUGACGGCCAACGUACCUACUGAGGAGUUACUCAUUGUUUAAGAUAAUUUGUGGGAGAGAUGCAAGACUCUGUUUACCCCAGCUGCAGUUAUUCAGCUAACCAUGGUGAUGCUGGAAACUCAUUUGUGGCUCUCCUUUAUGGCCCUCCAUCCCUGUUGCAGUAUGAUUUCAAAGACUUGUCUGAUCAGAAACUUUGUACCCCGUCUGGUAGUUGUACUGCUGCAAGUGGGAACUUUGUUGUUGAUUGUAGUGAUAGUGGAACCUUCCCAACAUCUAGUGGUGGAAUCUUUAUUGAAAAUUUAAAUAGUCAUAACCUGCAAAGCAGGCAAGAUACUGUUCUUGAUAGUUCUUCCAGGGCAAUGGUUGGUCUGAGGGAUAGUGUUCAUUCUGUAUUUCAUGAUAUUCAGAGUAAUAAUACUGCUGCACAGUCCACAGUCCCUGGUGGCAAAAAGGCAAGGGAACCUUUUUCUUCUAGGAGCCAAUGGUGUGGUACAAACCCUGCAUCCAGUCUAAAUGUUUGUGCUACAGAUAAUCAAACUACGCCAAAUAUGGUUCCAGAACAUUGCUCUUCCAACCUUAAUUCUCUUUUAACGAGUGGAUGCCCUCGUGUGUUCUGCAUGGAAAAAAGUGGAUAUCUUCUUCUCAGCAAUACAGGGCUUCUUGGUAUUGUUUGCUUAUGCCACUCUUGCCACAUGUCAGUUCUUAAGUUUUGUGAGCAUGCAGGGUUAUAUGGCAUCAACCCAGGGGAUGCUGUUCAUAUGGAAAAUGGUGAGACCAUUGCACAAUGGAAGAAUUUAUACCUAUUAAAGUUUGGGAUUAGGUCUCUGGGCAAUGAGAGUGAAUGGGACUGGCCAGAAGUAUUAUCAACAACAGGAAGUCUGAUGAGAUCCAAUUCAUCUUCAUCCAGUAUGUCAAAGAGUGAUUUAUCUCAAAUAUUGAGUUCAUCCGCAGUCAGAUUAAGGUCUGCAAAGCCUUGUGAUUAUGUUCCAUUUCCAAAGGCCACCAGCACAGAACCCAGUUUACUUAGUGGUGUAUUUCCCAGAGAAGAACCAAAUACAAUCCAGGAAAGUGGCAAAAUUCCGCUCAAAGGUUUUGUUGGAACAUGUACAACAACAAACAUUGUUGGAAUUCAAGGGAAUGAUGGUUGUCAACCUGUACCACUUUUCUUUGAUUCCCUUAAACGAAAUGGCAAUUUUUCAGUUGCCCACUCUCCUUCACAAAUUCCAACAAGCCUUCCAAUAGAUCAUGAAUGCAUAAAAAACAAUAAUGAAAAAGAUGUGCUUAUAGGCAAAGAUGCAGCAUCGUCUAAUAUUGAGCUGAGGCUUGGACAACCCCCUCAGACAGGAAAUCCAGUUCCAUCAUUUAUAGGACAUCCAUUAUUUAAUGCCCUUGUCAGCCCUCCAAAUUUGCAUCUUGCAAAGCCAAUGAUUAAUAUGCAUAGCAGUGAGGGGAAAUUGCAGAAUAAUUUUUGCCAUGGUUAUGGUUCCUUCAAAAUGGUUGAUCAACCUCAGCCUAAAAUCAAGAACUAUAUGCCUGGUGUUAGCAAUGCUUUUGGUGGUGCAGCUAGAUCAAAACCUGACAGUGCAGCCAACAGUUUGUUGUUUUCACCACUUCCACAGUUAAAUCUUCAGCCAGAGGGAAAGACAAAAGCUAGUGAAAUUUUGAAGAAUGAUAGUGGACCUGACAUAUCCAAGAAACAUGAUGAAUUUAAUGGCAUGCAGUUUGCUCCUAUUAAUGUUCCCUGGAAAAAUAAUGGUCACACGGGAAGGCAAUUGGAUUGUUCAGCAGUGGGAUCUAUUAAAGGUUUGGGCAAUGAUGAAGGUGUUAACUUUGCUAAAGAUCCUUGUGCUAAAUUAAACUCUGGAUUUGGAAUUAGUAAUCUAGUGAAAUAUCCAAGUUCCAUCAGAGGAGCUGUUGGUGGCAAUGGUAGUUGUAUUUCAACUGUUAAAGGAAAGAUAUACGAGUCAUAUAAUGAAUCAAGGUUGCCGUUCGAUACAUCUGCUGGUGUAAAUUUUCUCUGUGAUUCUAGAAAUGUGUCUUCUGUUGGACAAAAGAAUCAUUUCACCUCAGGGACGACAAUUCCAUUAGAAGGAAUUCUGAAGGGCUUUCCCUUGCUUGUACCAAAUUCUACAUCAAAUCAGACUACUACACCACAGCAACAGAGCAUUAACUUGGACAGACCUUUGCUUGAUGAAAAUAUGAGGUUGCUUGCAGUGACGCAGAUACUGGAGUUAUCUAAGCAACGACAUGCAUUGCAUUUUCAUAAAAUGAAUCAAAAGCACAAGAGAUCCAGCAACACUUCAGAAGCUCAUCCCGACGUAUAUGAGGCUUUGACGUCUGAACAGUUCUCUUUUGGCGCUACAUUUAAAUUGCCACAAAAAAGAGGUCCUUGUGGGAGUCCUGAUACCACUGAUGAUUUAGAGAAGCUGGCUUCACUCACAGGUUUGAAUAGAUACUGUUUCUCUGGCUUGACAGCAUUACCUUUACAUUCUAAAGAAAAGAAAUCACAAUGUAAACAGGCCUACAAUCUUCAAAAUGAAGGGCAAUCGUUGAGCCUUGGAAUAAACAAUGACAAUACACUGUUUCAGAGAUCAAGUGCAUCCAACAAUUUCACUGAGAAACCAGUGGAUACGAAUUUGGGAAGAUACACUUUUGCUGCAGGGCAAAACCUUUCUAGUACCAAUUUUUUUUUGGGAAAUGGAUCAACUUAUAAUUUUAAACAAUUUGCAAAAUCUAGUGGUGAAACUCCUUUGAAGAUAAUUUCAAAGGAUGAAAGUACUCAUCAAUGGAGAGGUGUACCAAGUAAGCUAUGGAAAGCAGAUUGUGAUGCAAAAUCUUUAGAUCCAAUAGCAGCGGAAGGACAAGAUGAUGUUCAAAGUGUAAAUGCUUCUGCUAAACGCUUCAAAAGGAAUUUUAAUAUGGAAGACAUGUUGAAAGUGCAAGAAAAGUCUAAUGUCUCGACUGGGUCUUGUGCACCUAUGGUCACUCAAGCUUCCAUGGAGUUCAAUAAGAUUGAUUCUUGCAUUAUUGAUGGUGGGGAUGCUACUGAUUCCAACAAUCUUGUACUUGAUGAGGGCUCAGUAAUCAAUAAAGGUUGGUCACCUGAUGCAGUUGAAAGUGAAAGAAGUUCUGAGUUUUUAGGCUCCACAUGUGAGAGUUACUUGAACAAAGGUCAUUUGAGAGUCAUAAAUGAUCAAGAUAAACCAUGUCGUAGUCUCCUUGAUGAGCUUAAGCUGUUAGAUUCUAUGACAAGGCAAAAAAGCCAGGACCAAAGUCAUAUACUUUCUGGUCAUUAUAAAGCCAAUCAAUCUCAAAAUGUCAAGGACUUAAAAGGAAAAAAGAAAAGGAGAAAUAGGCUGAAGAAUUUAGAUGCCUCAUUGCCUUCACCUUUCUUAUUGCAUAACAAGAACGAUGAAAGGCAAAUGUACUUUCCAUCAACUCAGCGAAAAUCAUCUGCUAAUGCCGCUUUUCUCCAGUCUAAUGCCAAGCAUAAACACACUGCUUUGUCACCCAAAUUUCCUGGUAACCAUUUUCUAAGUGCACGUCAUAGUGACAAAGAAGAUAGUCAUGUGUCGGAAUCAAGUUCAGAUGACGAGUUUCGUGGCUUACAUGACGUUCCUAGAAGAAAGAAACAAAGAGCAUAUUUCCCUUCUGAUUGUGUUGGGCAUUUUCAAAUGCAAGAUCCAGAUUUAGAGGAAACUGAAAUUGGCAAGGUUGAGUCAAUGUUUACCAGGGGGACAAAUGCCAAUAGAAUCACAAGGCCAAUAGUAUGUGGAGAAUAUGGUGAAAUAUGCAGUGAAGAAUUGGCUGGAGAAUUGCCAAAAAUUCCAAAAUUUGUUUCUCUCAGUAAGGUUCUUAAAAGUGCCAAAAGAUGUAAGGUACCUAGAUUAACUUCGAAAAAGAAAUUGAAGAGAUUGAGCUUUGGAAGUAAUGAACACUGCUGUGGUCAACCCGGUUUGGAGAGGGGCAACACGUCACUUGUUAUUUUCAAAGCAAAGAGAGAAUCCAAAGCUAUACAUGGUAAUAGUAUUGUAAACAUAGCUCCAUUGAAGCUGAAGAACAAGGAAAUUAGGAAAGUACGCAGUAUUAAUGAACUGACUGCUAAAGAAACCAAAGUGAAGGAUAUUGUGGUGGAGUAUGGUGAAGAUAAGGAGCAUGGUUGGUGUAACACCAAAAGCAGAAACUUUGUUCAAGAAUGCAUGGGAAUCUCCAUCCAAAAUUCAGACGCAUUCUGCUCUGUGUGCCAAAACUCGAGCAAUGAUGACAUUAACUGUUUGUUGGAGUGUAGUCGCUGUCUAAUUAGAGUUCAUCAGGCUUGCUAUGGAAUCUCCACAUUACCUAAAAAAGGCCGUUGGUGUUGUAGACCAUGCCGAACAAACUCAAAAGAAAUUGCUUGUGUCCUGUGUGGUUAUGGAGGUGGAGCCAUGACUCGAGCAACACAGAAUCGCACAAUGGUGAAAAGCCUCUUAAAAGCGUGGAGUAUUGAAAAAGGUGGCAUGUCUAAGCAUAGUACUACACCUGAACUUUUUGAGAAGGAAGCAGAUGUAUUUGAUUCCACAAAAUCUGAACUAAAAUUUGACCAAACAUGUGGUUUGAAGUCUGGGAAUGUUGAGAUCUCAAGAUCAGACCAGUUGAAAGUUGAGAUGUCAACAAAUCAAAUGCAAAAUGUCCCUUACAAUAUUUUAAAGGUUCAUAACAGCAUUACAGCAGGAGUUCAUGAUACAUCUGUAAAGCAGUGGAUUCAUAUGGUUUGUGGGCUUUGGACUCCUGGAACAAGAUGCCCGAAUGUUAAUACAAUGAGUGCUUUUGAUGUAUCUGGUGUUACACUUCCUAGAGAAGAUGUGGUUUGUUCCAUCUGCAACCGCUGGGGUGGUUCUUGUAUAGAGUGCAGGAUUGUCAAUUGUUUGGUCAAGUUUCAUCCUUGGUGUGCUCAUCAAAAGAACCUGUUGCAAUGUGAGACUGAAGGCGAUGAUGAUGAGAACGUUGGAUUUUAUGGAAGAUGUAUGCUUCAUGCUGUUGACCCUAGAUAUCAGUCCAAGUAUGAUCCUGUUGAUGAUAUAGAUAGCUUAGAAGAAAGGGAAUUUACCUGUGCCAGGACAGAGGGUUACAAGGGCUGUAAACGGGAUGGUUUCCAUAGAUAUUGUUACAGUGCCUUAAAGGGAAAGGGAGGAAGUGGAUGCCUUGUUCCUGAAGAACAGUUAAAUGCUUGGAUUCACAUUAAUGGGCAGAAAUCGUGUCCACAAAGACUCCCUAAGCCCGCAUCAGAUAUUGAGCAUGAUUGUCGGAAGGAAUAUGCUCGGUACAAGCUAGCAAAGGGCUGGAAACACCUUGUUGUUUACAAAUCAGGAAUUCAUGCCCUUGGUCUUUACACUUCUCGAUUCAUUUCCCGUGGUGAAAUGGUUGUUGAGUAUGUUGGCGAAAUUGUGGGGUCACGGGUAGCUGAUAAAAGAGAGAUUGAAUAUCAAUCUGAAAGAAAACUUCAGUACAAGGGUGCUUGCUACUUCUUCAGGAUUGACAAAGAACAUAUUAUUGAUGCCACAAAGAAAGGGGGCAUAGCCCGUUUUGUUAAUCACUCAUGCUUGCCGAAUUGCGUGGCGAAAGUGGUUACUAUAAGGCAUGAGAAGAAGGUUGUCUUUUUUGCAGAGAGGGACAUAUAUCCUGGUGAAGAAAUAACAUACGAUUACCACUUUAACAACGAAGAUGAAGGAAAGAAGAUUCCAUGUUAUUGCAAUUCCAAAAAUUGCAGGCGCUAUCUUAACUGAUUAUAGCGAUUGUUGAUAACAUGUAUGAUUCGUGAGAAUGUAUGUAAUUAAGACUCUUGAAAUUGUCACUUGUUUGUGGAUUUAGUACUGGGAGAAAGGUUGGGGGAGAAAUAUUCUCUUUUUCAAGGUUGAAAGGAUAGAGUAGUUUCAAUCGCAAUGUUAAGAAAUUAAAGAAACCAUUUUAUGAUGACAA